AUGAUACAUGAAGAAAAAGUACUAGAUGAAAAUGAGUGGAAAAUAGAAGCACAGGCAAUAAUAAAUGACGUGAAAAAUCAUGUACUGGAGAUAAAUAUUUCACAUAAGCUUCCGAGUACCAAUAAUAAGAUUUACCUCAACUUGACAACCCUCGAGGGUUUUAAAUACACCAUUGAAGUGUCAUCUGCUGGGUUUUCAAUAAUUGCUGAUCAACACGACACCAUAACCAACACCCGGACUCAAGUAUUUGAAACACCUUAUGGACUUUUGGAUUCAAUAAGUGAAAAGUAUCGCGAAUCAUUUGGAAAUGAUUUGAUUGAUAAAUUAAAUAAUCUCAGUGACAGCUAA